GUCCCUAGACCUACCCAGGGUCCAGUUGCUCUUCUCGGGAAAGGAAAGAGAAGAGAAUGGGCGUCGCAGAAAAACACAUUGUCAUGGACGAGGCAGCAAACUGGCCUGCUGAACUACAUUUCCGAAAAUGCAAUAAUCGCAAGGUGAAGAGGAGUCGGUCACCAACUCGUGCAGUUUCUCCAGCACCAUCCUACUAUUCUGAACCACUUUCAGUUCGACAACGAAAGGAUGUAACUGUGAGACUGCCUUCCCUAACUCGAGCCGCUGAUCAGGAAGAUGAGGACGACGAAGACACUCAGAGUCUCAAAAGCUUGCCUACAGUAAUGAACACAUUGGCCUUUGACAAAGAGGUCAAAAGGUCACACAGACUUCAUAAAGGACACGUCAUCUCUGACCUCAGCCUGCCGCUUCUUCUCACCUCCAAAUGCACUCUUAUGGUAAAAGGUACUGGAUGUACAAGGUCCAGAGGAUUUCUUCCUGCCAUUAAACCCAAGGCUCAUUGGGAGAGCACCAGUCAGGAGAGACCACCAUGCCGUGCAGGAUGCAGGCCACACAAAGUUGGUCACUCUCCUCUCAAUCCGAGUCAUCAUUCUGAAAAAACAUGGAUAAUCAGAGAAAGCUUCCAGCACCUGCCUUCAUCAUCACUGUCCCUGGGACCUCGCAUCACCUUUCAGAGCCCAGUGGUACAGCCUGUCUACCCUGUCACUACUGACAAGAUGAAAGACACCAGGCUGUCUGUACAAUCUCACCAACCUCUGAAACCUGUACUGAAGAAACCACAGGCUCUCAACAAAGGAGCUCUUCAGUGCCUCUUAGAGGAAAGCUUCCUCCCCUGUCCCAGUGAUCCACACCUGCUGGAGCAGUUUUCUGGCUUUCAGGAGCAUCUGUGUCAUCAGCUGCUUAAUUCUCCACUGCCACAGGUCAACUCCUAUCACCUCCUGCACCUGGGUGCCAUGCUACCUGUAUCCCAGGGUGCACACCGCUCUCUGAACGAGCACACUGUGGAGCUUUGCAAUUCUCCAGGCAAGCGACUUCCCAGCAUAACAAUGACUUGUCCGACACCUUCCCCCAACCACCUGCACCACCCGGAAAACAGGCAUGUAGCUUGA